AUGAUUUCAAUUUUUAUAUUGAUGGGUAGCAUGGCUUCUCUGUUUCCCUUUGCAUCCGGACAAAACGACAACUGCCUAACGCCCAAUGCCCAGAAUGGUAUAUGCAUCGUUUAUGGAAACUGUGAUUUUAUACUACAACUGAUCAUCCGUAAUGCGAAUCUGCACGAUUCAUCGAUUGAAAACUAUGUCGUACAAUCCGUCUGUGGUUAUAAUGAUGUGACACCCAUGGUAAUUUGGUUCAUAUAUGCUCCAGUCAAAGAGUGAAUUAAGAGUUUCGGUUUUCCCUAUCUGCUCAAGGUUUGCUGUCCAACGUUAAGAUUCGCUAAUCAAGGCUCAAACACAACGGCUAGCUUCACAAAUCCUCCAACAGUAACAUCAGCUCCUGGUUCAUUCUUUUUUGCAAGUAUUUCCGGUGGAGCAUCUAGACCGGAUGUUGGUACGGUAGCGCCCAGCAGUAGCAGUGCGAUAAAGCUACCCACAAACGAUGCCGAUCGUUGCGGUAUGUCUAAUGCAACACAUACGCGCGUCGUCGGUGGUGUAGAUGCACAGCUAAAUGCCUGGCCGUGGAUGGCCGCGCUGGGCUAUCGAUCGACGUCCUUCGAGCUAAACACCGGGCCACGCUUUCUGUGCGGUGGCACGUUGAUCACUACCGUGCACGUGCUUACAGUGGCGCACUGCAUCCAGACCGGUCUGUACUUUGUGCGGCUCGGUGAGCAUGAUAUUACAUCGGAUCAAGAUGGCGCUAACCCGGUUGACAUCUACGUGCAGCGCUGGCUAGUGCACGAGCGUUACAAUGAGAAAGCUAUCUAUAACGAUAUUGCGCUGAUACUGUUGCAGAAAUCGGUCACCAUUAGCGAAACCAUCAGACCGAUCUGUUUGCCAUUGGAUGCGAAACAGCGCACAAAAGAUGUUACCUAUUACGCACCGUUCAUUGCCGGUUGGGGAGCAGUCUCGUUCAAUGGUCCGUCCGCAACCAAGCUGCAGGAGGCACAGGUGGUGGUACUUCCGGCUGACCAGUGUGCCUUCAAUUAUAAGCUGUAUUUUCCCGGCCAGAUCUUUGACGACACGGUACUGUGCGCUGGGUUCCCCCAAGGGGGCAAAGACUCCUGCCAAGGAGAUAGUGGCGGUCCACUAAUGUUACCCGAGCUUUGCUCCAACGGUCAGUACUAUUACUACACCCUGAUCGGACUCGUCUCGUACGGUUACGAAUGUGCACGUGCCGGUUUUCCGGGAGUCUACGUGAAAGUCACGGCAUAUCUUUCCUGGAUCGAAAGCAACAUCAAUUUCUGA